UAUCUGAGGAGGAGAGAAAACUCUGGAGGAAAUGACAACCACUUUCAAAUAUCUGAAGAUUAGACUGCAAUGAGAUUAUACUUGUUCUGGGUGACUUCAAAGGGCAGGCCCCGAGCUCCAUGGCUGGAAGCUACAGGGAGACACAUUUUGGCUCAAUCAAAGGAAAACUUUCUAACAGCUCAGCCACCACCUAACCUGAGGGCCUGGCACCUCACUGGCCCUCAAUAAACAGAGGUUUAUUAUAUGAGGUGAAAUGAGUUCAGUGGAAUGUGCUGUCUUGGACUGGGGCGAGUUCUCUGUCCCUGAAUUUUGUAAGUACAGGCUGGAUCUUGGAUCCUAAAGAGGGAAAUCUUGGCGGCCAAGGGAGGGUUGCUGGAGAGCCUGGGCUUCUAUCGGCCUCUGAGAGUUCUGGCUAAAUUUAUCAUCAGGAAAUGAGAGUUGGCUUGUACUGCCUCACUGGCUAAAAUGAGGACUGAGGCCGAGAGAAGGAGCCAUGCUGAAGAGACCGGGUUGCAAGGGGAUGGCAUGUAAAGGACAAAGCACAAAAUCUGUUGUCACACUCUAGGAUCUUUUUGACCUCUAGUUGGCCUCUGAGAAUAGGUAGGAGGGAGGAGGGAAGGGUCAAAGAGGCAGUCAUUCCUCCUGAGCGCCCGGGCUCAGCUCAACCAGACUCAGGCCUGCCACCCGUCAUGCCACCUCCCAACUUGAACUUGUGUUCCUUCAGUCACUCUCUGCACGAUGGCAGCUAUCCAGUCCCUUCACUCCCCUGAGCAGCCGGCCACAGGGUUCCCCUUGCACCCAGCUUUCAGCACAGUCUUGGAGCCCAGGGAGCCACCUUCUUUCCGUCCUGUCUCUGUGGCUCUUUGUUCAACGCUCUGUCUUGCUACCUCCUAAUUAAUCAUUGCCUUGGCCUCAUUCAGCGCGUGGGGGACGAAGCCACUGGCCCCUGUUGUUGGCCUCUCCCCGGCCUGCAGGGGUCGCUGUUCUUUACACUCCGCACGGAACAGGAAUAAGCUAGUCAGCAAGCAGCAGAAAAGGUGUGCGCCAACCGAAAUGGAGAGCUUCCUGUCAGGGCAGUUCAGAUGUCACUUCUGUUUCCCCUGACAGCCCUAGAGUGCUUCUGGAUUUGCCAGACCUUUCUGUGUCUGGGCCAGACACCCUGCAUUGCCUACAAGGGGAUGGGCCAGGAAGGGGUCUUCUAGAUGCCUUCUUGAGCCUGCUUGUGGCCACCCACAGACACUUGUAAGGAGGAGAGAAGUCAGCUUGGCAGAAUUACUCUGAAAUGAGGGAUUAGAAGCCGGGAUCUGUGGAGCAAGAACUGCAGCCAGAAGAAGGAGCGGGCCCUGAAGACGCUUCUACUGAGAGGUCUGCCAUGGCCUCUCUUGGCCUUCAACUUGUCGGCUACAUCCUAGGCCUUCUGGGGCUGUUGGGCACACUGGUUGCCAUGUUGCUCCCCAGUUGGCGAACGAGUUCUUACGUUGGUGCCAGCAUUGUGACGGCAGUCGGCUUUUCCAAGGGCCUCUGGAUGGAGUGUGCCACCCACAGCACAGGCAUCACCCAGUGUGACAUCUACAGCACCCUUCUAGGCCUGCCCGCUGACAUCCAGGCUGCCCAGGCCAUGAUGGUGACAUCCAGUGCAAUCUCCUCGCUGGCCUGCAUUAUCUCUGUGGUGGGCAUGAGGUGCACAGUCUUCUGCCAGGAAUCCAGGGCCAAAGACAGAGUGGCGGUAGUAGGCGGAGUCUUCUUCAUCCUUGGAGGUCUCCUGGGCUUCAUUCCUGUUGCCUGGAAUCUUCAUGGGAUCCUGCGGGACUUCUACUCACCACUGGUGCCUGACAGCAUGAAAUUUGAGAUCGGAGAAGCUCUUUACUUGGGCAUUAUUUCUUCCCUGUUCUCCUUGGUGGCUGGAAUCAUCCUCUGCUUUUCCUGUCCAUCCCAGAGAAAUCGCUCCAACUACUACGAUGCCUACCAAGCCCAGCCUCUUGCCACUAGGAGCUCUCCCAGGCCUGGUCAGCCUCCCAAAGCCAAGAGUGAAUUCAACUCCUACAGUCUGACCGGGUAUGUGUGAAGAACCAGGGGCCAGAGCUGGGGGUGGCUGGGGCUGUGGAAACCAGUGGACAGGCCCCUGGGGCCACAGGUGAGGGACACGGCCACUGGAUCAUGUCAGAAAGUGCUGCUGAGGAUAGACUGACUUUGGCCACUGGAUUGAGCAAAGGCAGAAAUGGGAGCUAGUGUGACAGCAUGCAGGUUGAAUUGCCUGCAGGAUGCUCACCAAGCCAGCCUUUCUGUUUCCUUCACCUUGCUCUCCCCCUGCCCUGAGUCCCCAACCCUAAACUUGAAACCAGAGCCCCUACCUUUAGCCAGGCCCCAGAGGCUCCCUUCUGCCCUUUGGUUUACCUGGGAAACCAUCCCCAAACCCACUAAUCAUCCCGGGGACUUACUCUCUUUGAUCAAAGAAAGACCCUCUCCCUCUGGCUGAGGUUGCUCUUAGCUUGUUGCUGGGGGAUGGGGGGGAGAAGUGGUGGCUUUUAUGGGCAUGGCUCGAACCUCCUUCUCAAGCCUCCCUCCAAAGAAACUGAUUGGUCAGUAAUGGGCUGUAGAACCUCCAUCCCACUCUUGUUAUGACUCCACAGUGUCCAGACUGGUUUGUGCAUGAACUGAAAUAAAACCAUCCCACGGUAUCCAGGGAACAGAAGGCAACUGGGUGCAGGAUGUGAGGAUGGGUAGGCAGCUUGGGACCAAAAAGAGACCAGAACCAUUUCCCAGGGCACUUCCCAGAAUUCCCUCACGACUGUGGGCCAGGGACAGAGCCUACGGCUUGAGGAACUCACGAGGAAAGAAGAUCUGGUGGAAAGCUCAGGUGGCAGCAGACUUUGACUCCUCUGAGAAACUGCCUCAGAAGCUGCAGCCCCAACUUCUGCUAAGGCCCCUGCCUUCCUCUGGGGCACCUGACCUGCCUCCUGGCCUCCUCCACAAGGCUAAGGGCCCUAGACAAUGGUUGCCUUAAGAACAGUGAGCCAGUUUUUCUAGUGAUAGUCCUUGGCUGGGGGAUAACGGCAUGGAAGUGUGUGGUACUGAGGAAGAUACCACUCCCCAAUGCUGGCCAAGGAAGAAUAAGAACUUUGUAAUCUAAAAAGCUGGGUGGACAUCUGUGGUGGCUCCAGUGGUGUUUCUACUGUGCCAGAGACAGGCAGCCCCCCAGAGAGUCUUCAGGCUGAAUGGAAAAUCAGCCCCAAAGCCUGAGGUCAGGCCCCUGGGGGCUACCCACAGAGUACUACAGAGCCUCUGGGAGACCACAGCACCCGGCGGCCCUGGCCUGUUCUCCCCACCUCCGUCAGAAGAUAUUCCAGAAAUGCUAGAGGGCAACCAAGGGCUCCAGCGUGGCACAUCCCUGCCCAAGGUGCUAUGACCAUGGUCCGAGUGAUGUCUGAGCUGAGAUUGCAGUUGAGGUGGGGGAUUAGAGAACAGUUCCCAGGCAGAUAGUGCUACCUGUAAAGUCUGAAAAUGCUCCAUUUUUCCAUGUAGUGGGAGCAGGUGUCAUAAGCCAAAGACAUUUUCCCUCACCAGCCUAGGCAUGACUAGCUUCUGAAAAACUCCAGGACCCCUCCCCAAACCUCAGUGCCAGCAGAAGGGGCCCAUUCAUUGUCUCUAACGUGCUUUUCAUGUUUCCACCUUCUUGCCUGUGUUCCAGCUGUUCUCCCAACCUGGAAGGCCCUCUCCCCUUAGCAAAGUCCUCCUCAUGCUUGGAGAACUUGCUUGGUGUCACCUCCUUCAUUGAGCCUUCUCUAACCACUCCGUUCCUCUCCUCCCCCUCCCUCCUCCAACCCUCAAUGUAUAAAUCCCUUCUUGAUGUUUAUCAUUCACAAUUUUUGAUUGAUAGUUAUUGAUAGUUAUCUUUUCAUGUGUGUAUCUGAUCUCACAAGUACACUGUUAACUCUUGGAGGGCAGGGACCACAUCUUAGACAUCUCUGUAUCCCCCAGACUAUCUGUAACAGUGCUGGGCACACAGUAGGAGAUCAAUAAACACUUGUUGAUUGUG